UUGCAAUAUCAUGUGACAAGAGCACUAUAAAUAGAGCCCAGAACCUCAGGUUUAUACGCAAGUCUUUCAGCUGUCAGAUUUACAGCCGUCUGCCAUUCUUUCUCCUGGAACCUACUUCAGUUUAUCGGCUCUCGAUCAUGGAUCCCGAGUUGCUGAAAAAGUUAGAGGAAUAUGGAGCUGGAUUUCAAAAUGUUUUGCAAGACAAAUUCUUGGAAGAUGAUGCUACCAAGAUAGCUAAAGGGAAGGCUAUUGACUUGAGGGACUGGGAUGAAGAAAUGAAGGAUAUGAUCAGCCGCGGUUAUGUGAUACGUCGUAUUCCACAUGAGACAAACGAGUUUUGGGCAGAUCUUGAAGAAAUGUUGAAACAGCUCAGAAGGAAAAAUGCUGCCUCUACUAGUGCUAUGCGUUGCGUAGUAAAUCAUAAUCCGCUAGAGACGGACAAGGUUUCGGCUGAUCUUAAAGAAAAGGAGGUGAAAAGGCUCCGUAAGAAAAACCAUGCUUCUACUAAGAAGGGUGUGUGAUCUUGAUUUACAUAUUUCUUUCUGUAUGCAGGCUCUAGUCACCCGUCUUGAGCCAUCUUAAUUUGUUGAAGCUAGUGUAUGUAGCAAGUGUCUGUUUCGUAUUGAGAAUUGUGAAAGACAAGUUAUUAUGCGUGGAUUUGAAAUAGUAUAUUAUGAUCUAAGAAAUUGGCUUUCUGUUUAGGAUU